AUGAAGCAAGCAGCAGACUUAAGAACAGACAAAACAGCUCUGAUUCCAAACCAUCCCAGCGAAAAUACUUCAUCACAGCCAUGCCCCCCAUCAUUAGAAAGUGACAAAGUAGACAAACAAAGAGCGCCAACAAAAACCUCAAACUCUGGACAGAAGAAAGAGGCAAAGGAAAGAACAGCCUUUUCUGAGUUUCUAGACAACCCUCCAGAGCUAAGCAACAGCCAGAGAAAAUACUUCAACCUUUUCCUUACUUCGCUAAGGGAUAACAUAGCCCUUAUAAGAUAUAUCCUUGAAAACGAAGAAGAAACUUUUAAAAAUUCAUUACUUAUUUCUAUAUUUUUUUCUAUUUCCUGGCUGGUCUUUGAAGUGUUUCUUAACUUUUUCUUAUACAUAUUUAUCACUGCUUUCUACAUUGCUAUGUUUCGGUACGUGAAUGUAAGAACCUUCAAAGAUGCAUUUCUAGUAAAAAAUCUUCUAGUUAUGUCUCUCAUGCUCUCUACAAUGCUACUUUGGAAGUUCUCUACCUUAGCUAUGCUAUCAUUCUAUGUCUAUGCUCUGGUAGAUGCUUUAGAAAAAGAAAUAGUAAUUAUAAAAUCGUAUACUUUCUAUAAAAAUACACUAGGGCUCCUUUGCACUGCGCUCUACCUAAAAAACUAUUUGUGUGGAGACAGUAUUCACGUUCUCGUAACUCCUAUGCUGGUUGUUUCUGUUUUUAUAAGCAUGAUUUGCUCUCUAGGCUGUCUACAGCUGAUCGAAAAGUGGAUAUUCAGCAUGCCCUUCCUACCAGAAGAAAAUGAAAGAGACAGCUCAAUACCCAGGCAGCUUAGGGUUGAUAAAGACAGCCAGAGGGAAAGAAGUCAGCCAGAAACAGCAACAAAAGAUGAAAAAGCACCAGAAAAUAGCGAAUUUAUCGAUCUAUUCCCCUUUAAUUCACUCUCCAUCUUCUGGAAAAGCACUCUAUUUAUUACAUCAAUGUACAUUGUCUUUUGGAUCUAUCUUAAAAUGAGCUUGCAUGAGAUCAACAUUGCAUCGAAUGCCGCAGAGCCAGUAGUUAAAGAGCAAAUCGUCUAA